AUUUGUUGUUUUAUUUCGUUUUCUUCACCAUGGAUAUUUCUUAUUAAAACAUUUCAUGAUUUGCAGCAGUGCUGUUAUAUUACAUUAAACUCACAGGAUUUUUAACCUUGAAAAAUGUCAGCUAAUAGAUUCUUGGAUGAAGGUCCUUCUUAUGAGUUAUCAGAAGAUGAGAAUGAUGAUGUGGUUCGUGCUGUUGAACUCUCGCUUCAAGAAUCAAAGGGAAAAGAAAUAUACACGAGUGAUAUGGAGUUACCUCAGAUUGAUGAAGUAGAAGAACUUGCACAAGCGUUGGAAGAAAGCACAUUAUCUUCUACAGACUUGAGUACUAGUACUGGAGGCAGAGAACUGAAAUGGUGGAAACUUUUCAAGGAGUUAAAUCCCUUUGUCCAUACAUCAAAGGGCAAUUCUUGGUGGAGAAAGAGUAGCAAGCGAUGCAAUAUUCUUGUUUGUGAUGUUUGUGAAGAACAAAUUUGCUCGGUGUGGCUAAGGUGUACCUACUGGGGCCAGGUUUUCUGUAAAAAACAUACAUCUGAUGGAACUCCUCAGUGCUGUACCUGUUCUAGAUUUAAGAUUGGAGAUAUGAAGUAUAUCACUCUGAAUGAUGGUCGAAAACUUUGCCCUGACUGUCGUAACACAGCAGUGCUGGAUCCUGAAGACUGUAAGCCCCUUCUUGAUGAAGUGCACAGAUUUUUCAAAGGAUUAAACAUGAAAGUUAGAUAUUACAUUCCAAUUCUUUUAGUUGAUCAAAAAGAGAUGAUCGGAAACGAUGGCAAGAGCUCACUUGGCUUGACGGUUUAUGAGAAAUCUAAAUUGGACGCCGUAACUUAUGUGUCAAGGUCAAUACAAAAGGGUGAAAAUAUUGGAGUGGUGAAAGAAGUAGAGCACCUGGUUCCAGGCCGCAAAGUGAAAGCAAUGCUGCUUUUAUAUGGCUUUCCAAAGUUGGCUUUGGGAGCAACUUUGGCUCAUGAAAUGAUGCACGCCUGGAUGCAGAUUCAAGGCUAUAGAGGGCUGGCCCUAAACAUCGCAGAAGGUAUUUGCGAAGUUAUUGCUCACAAGUGGCUAGAAUGGCAAUCUUUUACUGGUGAUGACUUUAUGAAUGGUACAAGAGAAACAGCUCAGUUUUUGAGAAAUUUGAAAGAGUUUUUGAGAGAUGGAAUAGAGAAAAGCUAUUCUGAGGCAUAUGGUCAUGGAUUUAGAGAAGCAAAAUGGGCAGUUGAAAGGUAUGGUUUAAGAUACACACUGGACCAUAUAGCUAAUACACGCAAGUUACCUGAAUGACCUAUUUUUCAGUCAGAGUGACAUUCUUUUUAUGUUAAUUCAUCCAUCUUUGGGUGGAAACUGAUGGCUCUUGGAUGAAUAUUGUUGUGAAACACUAGUAAAAGAAUCUAUGUACAUUAAUUUGUGACUCCAAAUUCUGGUCCUGAAAGAUUUGGCUAAUACAAAUUGGAGUGAGAAAAACCUCCUGAAGUCA